AAUGAAAGUGGCCGGUGUCGGGUAUAUCAGCUGGACCGAAUGUAAAUAAACAAAGGGCUUCUGAUUUUAAGAGAAGAUCACGGUAGGAAUACUCAAAGUAUUUGCAGACAGAAGCUUUGGACCUGCUGGACAAAAGGAAAAUCCACAGUGAAAGUUAUUAGGUUGAUGGAACAGGAGUUAAUAGGGAAACAUACCAGUCACCAUGGCAACCAUCUCCAUAGAGACUAAAAUGAAUCCUCAGGUAUCAGGAAUGCAGGUAAUCCCUGCCUCUUACUGUCCGUCCGAGUUGUCUGUACACACAGUUGGUGCUAAUGUUCACAGUUCAGAUUUCUCACCACAUGAUGGCAAUAGACCUUUGAAUCUUUCAGAAAGUCCCUUACAAAUCAAGGUGGGAAUGAAAAUUGAUGUCGAAACUUCUAAAGAUUUGUCUUGUGAUUUCUGUGGGAGGAAAGACGAAGGAAAUGUUUGUCAAAAGUGUUCAAAUGUAAACCAUCUAAAAUAUCUUCCUCAAAAUUCAGAAAAUUCUGGAUCCGUACCAAGGUGCAAUUGUCAGAACUUCAAUGAGACUGGCGCAACAACUCUGUGUCAUUGUGUGUCCAGAGAUAGCAAACCAGUGGAUAAAGUUUAUUGUCAGAAUUUAAGAAAUGUUGAUUCUGACCAGGAAUCUCAGUUUGAACACUCAGUACAUUCCAGUUCACUUCAGUUGAAUUCAGCAGAUGAUUGUCCACAUUCUGAAAACUUCCAAAAUAACAGUUCACAACAUGAGCCUGACGACCAGGCAGAUUCUGUUCAUAAAUAUUAUCCUCAGGAAUUCCUAGAAACUGAUUCGGUCCAUACAACUCACUCCCAGGACUCCACAAACACAACUUUAGGACAUCAACCUCAUACCAGGAUCUUAACAGGAGCCGAACAUAAACCUGGGGACUUGUCUGAUACAAGUUUAGAAGAUUGUCCGGGGUUGAAGCAAAGUUCAGAGGAACCAAACCUAACUACCGACCAAGUUGACAGGUCAGCUACUCACAGUGACAGAGAUCUAGAUCCAGACAUUCUUACUAUCAUCCCAACAGAAAAUGAAAACACAUUCUCUCUUCGCGCUUUAUCAAGGAAACAGAAGUUAAUUGUUUUUAGUUUCUGCAUAGUCGGAUUUGCCAACUUUCUCUGUCUUUCUCUGAUAGCUCCAUUUUUUCCAAAAGAGGCCCGUGAAAAAGAUGUUAGUAAUUUGGUGUCUGGUUGGAUCUUUGCAGCAUUUCCUCUGACUCAGUUCAUCUUUGCACCGGCCUUUGGAAAAUUG